UAGUGACAAUCACGAUUUUUUUUAGAUUGGUGCUAAUUUUUUAAACGAAAGACAACAUGGAUUCUGAAUUCCACCCUGAAGCACAUUUUUUGGCAGUGGGUGAAUAGUGCCGUAAUCACCCAGGGGACUCUCAAGUAUUUAACGAGCCUAUCAUGACCGAGACAAUCACCGUCCUUUAUGUUUCAAGAUCAGCUGCAACUUCUGUACAUUAUCUCGUAUGAAUAGUGCGAUCUACAAUUGAACCACUUCACAUCCUAUGGCUGUUUAGAGAGAUUCGAUUUUCGAUUACGGCUAUUAAAAUUAUAAUAUGUAAUUCUGCUGGUGUCCCGGUGCCUUCUCGUGAGUGACAGCUGAAAUUGACACUCUUACUGCCUCUUGUCGCGAGCAUUUCAAGCAAACACUAAUUGCAGGUGGUCUAUCUUUUCAGGGCUUUUCGAUUGCAUGGGGAAUAUGAGGUAGGCUGUUGCGCGCAAGGGAAAAAAAUCAAUCAUUUAAGUCUAAUUGCCUCAUCAAAUUUGGCCUUUGUUGCCAGCUUUUAAAUGCGUUAUUUAUUGUUUUGGACCGGAUGUGGCUGGCAGUGUGGGUUAGGGAUGCGUAAUGCGUGGAAGAGGGCGAGUAGUCUAUCUUUUAGGCUCCAUCUUUCUCACCGACACCCAGUGUCCGAGGAUUGAUAAUGUCUCACUCGGAAGAGGAGUCCCAAUCGGAGGUGAAGAAGGAGGCAAACCUGUGCAGUCCUUCCCUGACGCCGUGUGUGUGUUCCUCGCCGUUGGCCUCUCCGUCAGCAGUCCGCUCCUUGGGGAAGAAUCAGUGCGCGAGCUGCGGGACGGAGAUCCAGGACAGAUAUCUGCUCAAGGUGAAUAAUCAGAAUUGGCACGUGGGAUGUCUGGAGUGUUCAGUCUGCAGAGAAUCUUUACGUCAGCACAAUAGCUGCUACAUAAAAAACAAAGAAAUCUAUUGUAAAUUGGAUUAUUUCAGUCGGUUCGGCACCAAAUGUGCCCAGUGUGGCCGUCAGAUCUAUGCCAGUGAUUGGGUGAGGCGAGCGCGUGGCAGUGUGUACCACCUGGCGUGCUUUGCUUGCUACUCCUGCAAGCGACAAUUGUCUACCGGAGAGGAGUUUGGUCUCGUGGAAGGCAGGGUUCUCUGUCGAGGUCACUAUGAUACCAUGGUGGACAACCUGCGUAGAGCUGCAGAAAACGGGACAGGGCUGACUCUGGAAGGAGCCCUGCCUUCUGACCAGGACAGUCAACCCAGACCAGCAAAGAGGGCACGGACAUCCUUCACUGCAGAGCAACUUCAGGUAAUGCAGUCCCAGUUUAACCAAGACAACAACCCAGAUGCCCAGACCCUACAAAAGCUUGCAGACAUGACAGGACUGAGCCGACGGGUCAUACAGGUUUGGUUUCAGAACUGUAGAGCAAGACACAAAAAGCACCCUCCGCAACCCAGCGCUCUGUCCCAGGGUGUCCCCCACUCCCGUAUGCCCUCCUCCCUGCCAGAAGACUUCCACUACUCCUCCUUCAGCAGCCCUGACCACCCCCACCUGAUGGGCCUGCAUGGAUACCUGGACAGCCAUCCUUUCUCUGUGCUGGCAGGCUCGAACCAUCUCAACCACUCGACCAUGAGCUUGACUCAGCUGCCUCUGCGCUGAGCCCUGCCUGACUCUACAGGUCCCCAAUCCCUGUUCAGUUUCCUCAUGUGAGCAGACAGCAGGACGGUCCCUCCUGCCUCUUCGCAGGAUUACUGUGUGUUUUUUUACGCCAUCUAAUUCAGUUUGGAAUUGUGCUUUUCAAGGAGAUGUAUGUUUUCUCUCUCUCCUCUUGGAAAAUCCUCCUGGAAGAUCAGACAUUAGCAAGAACAAAAGGACGUGACGUGAAACCCCCCCCCCCAAUUUUUUUUUUUUGUCCUGGAUAACUUUUUUUCUUGCUCUUUUUCCAUCAAGUCACACCAUUAAAGCAGGUUUUUUGUUUCUUUUCAAUCCUGAGGUUUAAAUGUGUAAGAAAUCCAAAUGCAUGACUUGUGUGUGUCUCUGGGCUGAGGAUAUGUCUGACCCCGGAGACUGUGUUUUGUGUUGAUGUUGUUUUGAAGUUGUUUCAUAGAAUGUUACGUUAUUUAUUUUGACUUUACAGAGAAGCACUUUAGUAAAUGUCCUUAUAUGCUGACUGCUAAAGUCAUUUAUUGUAUAUUGUAAAUACUGUACGAAUUUAAUAAAAUGUGCCUGUAAGUG